AUGCCCUUAAAGGGACGGCACGUAGCCGCGUGCCGCGCUACGCCGGUGUUCUUGUCGGCGGAUGCCAAGAUAGUGAAGGCGGUUGCGCCGAUCGAGCAGGCCGCGCGCAACGGGGCGCGGCUCGUCGUCUUUCCGGCGGCCGGCGGCGUCCGCGUUGGCGCCCUCGUCGCUAGCGAUAACGCCAACGCCUUCUGCCCCUACUCCCUCGCCGCCCAGGGCGAGCAGAUCCAUAUCUCGACCCGGCUUGCCAUCUGGCCCACACGCCCGCCACCGACCCCCGCACCGAACGAGGAAUCCGGCGGCGAGACGGCACCCUCCCCUUCAUCGCGCGGCCUCGCGUUCGAGGACGCGGCGGUAACCCGCGCAUGUGCGGCAGUAUACUGCUUCGAGACGAUGCGCUUCGGGGCCCUGUGCGCGGGAAACCUGGGAGAGGACGCGAUCGCGGCCUCGCCGGCGCUCGCAGCCCGCGCGCUGCGAGAGGCGCCGCGCGGCGCAACCUUGUUCCUCGACCCGACAGGGGCGCUGGUGCCCGGGUUCACGGUCGACGGCGCGACGGGCGCGCAUCAGCGCCGCGACAUGCUGCAGGCCGAGGGGGGGAUCCUCUACGCCGACUUGGACUUCGCCGCUUGCGUCGAGGCCAGGCAAUACGAUGAUAACUCAGGCGCGUACCAGAGUACCAAUAUUCCCGAACUCACCGUGGAUUGCACUCGUAAGGACACCAUCCUGUUCUUGAGCGUCGCCGCGUGAAGCAGCUCGGGAGCUAGCGGCACGCGGUAGAGGGUUUGGGUCGAUGCGAGUUUGUGACUAGCCUAGAGAAAAGUUUCGCUGGCGAGAAUAUCCCCCCGCUCAAGUAUGAUACGGACACAUGGACUCUAUGCAUAAUUCGGACGAUGGACAGAUUACUCCCGUCUAUGUGCCCCUCCUAAUUUCGAAACCAGAAAUAUUCUCCCCGACUCCCAUGCCAUUAGAGUCCCAGUUAUUUCGGGUGGUUCACGGAUUCAGGUCAGUAGAACCGCCAAACAUCUUGGUGCAACCUGUUCGUUAUUUUACGCCGUAGCCGCCUUCUUACUCAUGGUAGAAGCGAUGAGCAGAAUCCUGCGUAAUCCGCG